AUGAGUCAGGAACUAUUUGCACUUAUAAUUAAUUCUAAACGCACAACUGGCAAGAAACUGGAAACCUUAUUCAAGGAAAUUAACGGAAUGGAUCUGACAUCGUUGGACCAAAUGCUAACCAGAGAACAUCAACUACACGAGGUUCGAAGAACAUCAACUACACGAGGUUCGAAGAACAUCAACUACAUGAGGUUCGAAGAAGAAUAA